AUGGCUGGCCCCUUAGAGGGUAUCAAAAUCCUCGAUUUAUCGCGCGUUCUGGCUGGCCCAUUCUGCACCCAAAUCCUAGCCGACUAUGGUGCAGAUGUGAUCAAAGUUGAGCAUCCCAAAGGUGGUGAUGACACGCGCCUCUGGCGCGAGGCAGGAGAGGAGAAUAUCUGGAAAUCAGAUGCCAAGGACACAUCUCUUUACUUCAAUACAAUAAACCGCAAUAAACGUUCCAUUUCGGUCAAUCUGAAGCAUGAGCAAGGAAGGGCUGUGGUUUUGCAGCUAGUAAAGAACGCUGAUGUCGUUGUUGAAAACUUCGUACCAGGCAAGCUGGACAGUCUAGGUCUUGGAUAUGAAGUCUUGAAAAGGGCCAAUCCCUCUCUCAUCUUAGCAAGUAUUUCCGGCUACGGCGCCGAUGGCCCAUACUCUCAACGUGCAGGAUACGACGUUAUAGGCGCUGCCGAGGGCGGAUUGCUUCACGUCACGGGCGAAGGGGAUGGACCACCCACCAAGCCAGGGGUCGGCAUCAUAGACAUGUGCACAGGUCUCUAUCUCCAUGGUGCCAUUGCGUCCGCACUGCUUGCUCGAGAGAAAACAGGUCUCGGGCAGAAGAUCGAUACGUCACUGUUUGAGACUACGAUUUCCAUCUUGGCAAACGUGGGUAUGGCCUGGUUGAAUCUCGCCAAGGAAGCACAACGAUGGGGCACUGGUCAUCCGACGAUCGUACCCUACGAAGCAUUCACGACAAAGGAUGCGUAUAUUGUUGUCGGCGCGGUCAAUGAUAGGCAGUUCCAAAUCUUGUGUGAGCGACUCGGAAACACCGAGUUGGCUGAAGAUUCUCGGUUUGUGAACAAUCAGUCGAGGAUUGAGCAUCGAAAGGAGUUGAAGCGCAUCCUGGAUGAAGAAUUCGCUUCCAACACGACCGCGCACUGGGAGGAUAAGUUUGAGGGAAGCGGGUUGCCAUACGGUCCGAUCAAUAACAUGGAGAAAGUGUUUUCACAUCCCCAGGCUAUUGCCAGGAAUAUGAUUGAGACUGUCAAGCAAGAUUCAGCGGUGUCAGGGGAGAUACAGGUCCUUGGUAUGCCAGUCAAGUUUAGUGAGUCUAAAACUUCAAUCAGACGGGCGCCACCGGCUCUCGGAGAGCACACGGAUGAUAUACUGCAAGAACUUGGCGUGUCCUCUACCACGAUAUCUAGUCUUCGAAAGAAUGGAGUCGUAUAG